AUGGUAGCUCCGUCAGCUCUCAAAUUCAUCGGUCUAAAUGCGCUCAGACUUCUCAGCGUAUGUAUCCUCCUCCUUACCGUGGCAGCGCUGAUAGACUUGAUGGUCAUCGAUGCGAAAGCCAUCAACGAGCUAUCGGCCGAGGAGAAGAGCGACGUGGAAGAGGAUUGCAGCUACUUUGCGGGCACCAGCGUACCCACUCACGUAUGGGGUCUAUUCUGGUGCCAGCUCAACAGAACGUUCCUCAUCAUCCUAGCAUUCAUUGGUCUUGCUUCCGAACUCAACUGGGGCGGUCUAGCUGAGCGCUUCUUCAAUCACAACAUUCCAAUGCUCAGCUCAUCCUUCUCUACCAUGCCCUUGGGUGUACUCGAAAUCAUGAUUGGCACUUGUAUGCUCAGCUCUUUUCUCUGGAUAUUCCCCCUCGUCGUGGCGUGGAUGCUCGUUGUCAUCGGUCUGACGAACGUCAUCCUUGGCGCGCUUUUCCGAUCGAAGGGCAAAGACAUACGCUCUGUCGUGGCACGCAAGCAGAAGAAGGCGGAUAUC